GAUUCAACAUUUACAGCAGUUUUAAUGCAAUCUUUUUAAGUUGAAUAGACAAUUUAAUAAUAACUGUGAUUUCAACAAUAGAUUAUUUUAUUGGCCUGAGCGGUGAAAAGACGCAAGAUUUCAAUAUGAGAGUGGCUUUUCGUGUUUCUCAAAGAUCCUUUUUUUCAAACUCUGUUCAUAAUCUCCAAUAUCUAUCUUCUUAAACCAACGAAUGUUUACUCUUCCCCACAAAAUAUCAACUGAAAUCUUCGAAACAUGUUCAUAUACCGGCUUCCGCCUGACCUAGUAAUUGGAUUGACCGGCAACAGUAAGAAAUCAAAUUAAUAAUCUAUCGAGUAACCUGAAUUUAUGGUUUACUUGAAAAGCAAUGGUAACAUUAUUUCCUAUUGUGAACAUCCAAAGUCUUUCACUCAUAAAGUUAUGUUUCUUUUUUUGUGUCUGACAAUGUGAGUUAUUAUUAUUUAAAAUAGUAUUAAUCAAAUUUACUGGAUUGAUUUGGUUCAACAUGGGCUUUUCCCAAUCAUAUUCUAUAUUUAUAAAAUGACUGUAAUUGUCCAAGUGAAUCAGUGUUUAAAACUAUUACAAUUAAACCAUAAUAAAGUAGGGACACCCAAAGAAAAAUGGGAAAAAGUGAAAAGGUUUUUCUGUUUGGCUGAUUGGUACAAUCAAUUAGGACGGUGGCUCAGCAGUUUCCCAGUCAUCGCUAGUAAUAUCAUAAUUAUACUUGCCUCAUGAUAAUGCUAAUGAUUGAAUAAUACAGAGUACACAAGUUGAUCAUUUCCGUGUCCCUCUGCAAAAAUCAGACGAUAAAUGGUGUAUAUUUAAAAACAAUGCGUCCCAUCAACUUAGACAUCAUUUCGAGCAUUUGAUCCAGAACGGAGUUGCCAUCAACGUGGUUGCCAGGAAUCAUCUUUAAAUGAAUGUUCCCGUCGGGGUCACUCUUGGGCUGCAUUUACUUCCCAUGGAACUCAAACAUGUUUAUGUUGUUCUGAUGAAAAAGAUGCUCUUGAAGCUGCAGGAGUCAAUCAAGAUAAUGAGAUUGGAUUUUUCUUUGGAAACGUACUCAGAGUCUGUGAAUCUCUGCACAUCGAGGAAGGACAUUGUCGCAGCAGAGAGUCAAGAGAUUGUAAUUUCAUUCCUGCCUUCAGAGGAAACAAUUAUUUAGGAUGUUUCUAUUGUCGACCUCGAUGUGAUCAUGAAUCUGAUUGUCAAGAUUUGGGUAGAACUUGUGAUUUGAGUAAAAAUAGUCAACCAGUUCGCUCCUGUACUGGAACUGGUUCUGGUUAUAUUCCUGGUUUUGAUGAUCCACGAGAAUAUGAGACAGCAAUUAAGAAAAAUUAUCUUCUCAAUUUGAAGAAUCGAACCAAGCCAAUCGAAGCAACUUCAACUACAACAACUUCAACAACAACCAUGUUACCAAUACCUCUUAACCCCUCAUCUUUAAGCCAAUCAACUAAAAAUCAUCCACAAAAACCAUGUAAUGGUUAUCCUGGUAAACCGGGAGGAUUAUGUUCACAAACAGUUGAAAAUCAACAACAAUCUAACGAUGGAUUUCAAAUUCCCCAAACAUCCUCACUCUCAUCAGAUAGCAGUUCAUUCAAGAAACCAUUUUCAAACAAAAAAUGGCCUCAACAACAAGAACCAGUAAAAAGUGUUCCAACCAAUAACAAUGUUAACAAGAUUAAUAAUAAUGUUGAUAAAUUUAGCCAGACACCAUCAAAAGUGAAACCCGCUCAGAAGCCUUUUCCACCAUUCCAUCCUGGUAAAGGAACACCUUCUUGGUCAUCGAUAACCCAACAACAGCAACAACAGAAUCCCGUAAUGUCCGAUCAACCUCAAGAUUCUGUUGGUGAACCAGUCCAUGUUAGUGAUGAAGAAAGCUGGGGUUCACCUCACUCAAUGCCCUCUCAUUCAGACGAUGGAUUUGAAUUGGGUCGAUCACCUCAUCCUCAUAGGAAUCCAGUUAUUCACCCAGUUUCCGGUUCACAUUCAGCAAGAACAACAACGAGUGAACCAAUACAAUUAGAAAGAGGUUUCAAGCCAGCUGAUAGUAAUGAGACUGUCUUUGUUGUUAAAAAUAAUCAUCGCCAGGUUCAUCAUGGUUAACAUAACAAACUCAAGUCAAUAAUUUUGCUGCCUUGAUAAACAUAUUUAUACCACUUGACAAUUCACAAUCAAUUGAUGAAAAUAACGAAAAGCAAGUUUUAAUUUAUUUCAAUCUCAAUCUGUAAACCUUAACCCAAACCAGUAUUAAAUCAAUAUUGUGAAAACAUAAA